GGAGAAGAUGCGCCGAAAUGGCACCUCGCAAGGGGAAAGAAAAGAAGGAAGAACAGGUCAUCAGCCUCGGCCCUCAGGUGGCUGAGGGAGAAAAUGUAUUUGGUGUGUGCCACAUUUUUGCAUCCUUCAAUGACACUUUUGUCCAUGUCACCGACCUUUCUGGCAAGGAAACUAUCUGCCAUGUAACUGGUGGGAUGAAGGUGAAGGCUGACUGAGAUGAGUCAUCUCCAUAUGCUGCCAUGUUGGCUGCCCAGGAUGUAGCCCAGAGGUGCAAGGACCUGGGCAUCACCGCCCUCCACAUCAAACUCCGGGCCACAGGAGGAAAUAGGACCAAGACUCCUGGACCAGGGGCCCAGUCAGCCCUCAGAGCCCUCGCCCGCUCAGGAACGAAGAUUGGGCGGAUUGAAGAUGUCACUCCCAUCCCCUCCGACAGCACUCGCAGGAAGGGGGGUCGCCGUGGUCGCUCUCUGUGAGAAGGACUCCUCAAA